AUGGACCCAGAUAAACAAGAUGCUCCUAAUAGCAUUGAGAAUUCCAUUUAUAGAACAGCUUUCAAGUUACGAUCUGUGCAAACUCUGUGCCAACUGGACCUAGUUGACAGUUCCCUGAUCCAGCACGUCCUGCUGCGCCAGAGCCUCCGGGCCACAGGAGAUCAUGCCCUCCCAGCAUGGCAGCUUCUGCAGGCACUCCGAGAGUUGUUCCAGAGGGUUAUGGAGGAACAGCCAGGACAGGUGCACCCCGGAGCUCCAGAACUUACCCUGAGCCUGCUCACAGCCAUAUAUGACAGCACAGGAACUGGCUUUCUUCGGCUUGUGCCUGCAGCUGCUGCCCUGCUAGCCCUCUCGGGGGACAGCCCACUUACAAAAUACAGAGCUCUUUUUCAGCUCUACGCAGGAGGCAGCUGGGGAGGUCACAAUUUCGGGGCACGCAUGACUCGCCGGGCUUUGAGAAGCCUGCUCACAGAUCUUCAGCAGAUCCCUAUGGUGGUGGGGGAGUGCCACUCCCUAUGCUCAGUGGACAGUGCUAUGCGCAGCUGCUUCCUUGGGGUACUGAGCCCAGCAAUCAAGGAAGAGAAGUUCUUGUCAUGGGUACAGUCUGAGCCCCUCAUCCUCUUGUGGCUCCCAACCUGCCACCGCUUGUCUGCUGCAGCCACAGUGACCCACCCUGCCCGAUGCAGGGUCUGCAGGACCUUCCCCAUCACGGGGCUGAGAUACCGCUGUCUGAAGUGUCUCAACUUUGACAUCUGCCAGGUGUGUUUCUUGUCUGGUCUUCACAGCAAGUCCCACCAGAAGUCUCACCCUGUGGUUGAACACUGUGUUCAGAUGUCAGCAAAGGAGAAUGCAAAGCUUGUCUUUAGGACCCUCAGAAACAACCUGCUCCAGGGACACUGCAGGAGGAAGGAAGCUACCAGAAGGCAGAGGCUGCUGGACCAGGUGACCCUGAAGAGCAUGGCUAACCCUGCGCCGGCCAGACUCCUUAAAAAGCAGUUAAACAGAUACAAAGACAGGUUGCAAGCAAUGUGCACCUUCCAGGGGGAAAGAAGCUGCCAACUUGAAACAAAGAUUCACGAACUCACAGUCAACCAGGAUGGUCUGUGGACCAAGAUGCGCCAGAUGGGCCAGGACCUGCAGGCAAUGUUGCAGCCUCUUCCUCCUUUAUCAUCUUGUCAAAAUGUGGUAUCCAAGGCUGAUCAUUCUUCAGUUGGGAGGUUUUGGGAGGAAGCAGAUUCUUCACAGAUCAUGAAGACCAUUGAGGAUAGUUCAGAAUGGGAGUCUCUUCCUCAUCCAGCUGAAGUUGACAGAAUUCACAGACAUCAGGCAAACACAGAGCACGUGCUACCAAAUUCAGAAUCACCAGGGACCAUUCUGCACAGCACUGGGGACCAGAGCCAAGCACAAAAAGCACUGGAGGAAAUUCUAAGCUCUCUUCACAGUCACGGUCUUCAGGAAAGACUACAGCAGGUCAAUCCCCAGGGAGCUCCUGUUGACAUGAGCCUCCCUCCUCUGGCACCGGCACAGGCAGAAAGGAAAGAGACAGGUGACUUCAAGGACAGAGAGACUGCGCCGGAGGAAGAGGAGCUUCAAGAACUGCUAUGCAAGCUUGUGGAUGCUGUCAACCUGGAAAUGCUGUCAGGGCCUCAGUCGCCUGUGAACAUGGACCUGCAUGGGGGAGCUGAGUGGGUGUGCAGGGCCUUCUCAGCACUCAUAGACCACCUCACCCACCCAGCCUGA